AUGUUGCAGGUGAUGUCGAUAGAUGCUUGUGGCAAAGCCAGCCGUUGGCAGCUCGCGGUCGACAUGAUCAGCGACAUGUUUCUGCGAAGCUUGCAUGCUGACGACUUCUGCUUCCAUGCCGCCAUCAGUGCUUGUGAGCAGGGCGGCUUUUGGCAACAGGCUCUUGGCCUCGUAGCAGACAUGCAGCUGAGGAAGCUGAACGCCGAUGGAAUUUGUUGGGGUUCCGUUCUGCAUGCAAUGAAAUUGGCCGGCAGAGAGGACUUGGCCCAGAACACGCUCGAGCGCUUGAGGCAGAGGUGGGCGCAGCCGUCGGCGCGACAAGUGGCAGGGCCAAUUGGGACCUCGAUGAAGAAGUUGGCUCCAGAUGUUGUGAUCGGGGAUGGGGUGCUGGCGGUGUUCAAGCCUGCAGGUUGCACAAGCGAAAGCAUGCUUGAGCGGUUGUUGGCGAAGUGGCGUGCCAGUGGGUGGCAAGGUGAGCUCACGCUGGUUUCCAGACUGGAUCUUCCAACAUCUGGGGUGCUUCCACUGGCCUUGGGUGGCCCAGACGAUGGGCCCACCCAAUUCCUCGAUGCCCAGUACGCUGCCCGGCAGGUGAGCAAGGAGUACCUGUGCCUCUCUGCCGGUCAGUCCCUGGGCCCACGGGGAGCUCGAGCUUCGAUCGACACUCCUCUUUUGGUGUCCCGAAGUUGGGGAGAGCGCCUUGGCAAACGAGUUGAGGCAUCUGCUGCUGGGAAGCAGGCGCAGACGAAGAUCAGGAUUCUGGAGCUCUUCGACAUUCCGCCAGAACUCGGCCGAGUCGAGGCCCUGGCGCUUCUUGCAGUUCGGCCUAUGACCGGUCGCCUACAUCAAAUACGAGUUCAUCUUGCAAGCCUGGGCAGCCCCAUAGUCGGUGACAACGCCUAUGGUGGACGCUCCCUGGCGGGCAGUCGCCUGUUCCUCCACUGCCGAUCCGUCUCCUUGAAAGAUCUGAGUGGGUCGCCUUUCAAGCCCAAGUAUCCGUUGCCGGAGGAUCUGCAGCGGGUUCUGGCAGACCUGCGGCUGGUUGAGGAGUGGCGUCUCUGGACCGGUUUGAAGGUCGCGAUCUGGGACCAUGAAGCGCAACAACAGCAUGACGAAUUCUCUCCCUCGCUCGCUGGCUUACUGACUUGCCCUUCCGCUCACUUUAUCAAUCUCUCCUUCAGCUAUGCAGGCUACAAGGCGUUUAAUGCAGCGUUGCAGAAGUGCAUACGCAAGUUAGCAGCAGGAAGGCGCCGGAGGCUAGCACUCAAAGCGGAAGUGGAGGCAGCGGUGGGGGCGGUGGCGGCGGCAGUGGGAUGCAGCGCAUCCGAGAUCGACUUAGCCGGCAAAAACCUCUCUGUUGCCACGCCGGUGAAACCACCGGAGCAGCAGAAGAGCAAGAUGGAGAAGAUCUUCCGCACUCUCAAGCCUGGCGAGUCCAUAAACAAUUCGUAUAUCUUCGAAGAGGAGAUCUACAGUGGAGGCUGCAAAGGCCGCGUGCUUGUUGCAAAACGGAAGACUGACGGACAAGAGGUGGUGGUCAAGAUCCGCGCCAAACAAAACAGCAGGGCAAAUGAGCGCAAUUGGCGCACGAUUAUGGCCCAGAUGCAUGGCAUCUCCACAAGUGACAACGUGCUUGGCUUCUCUGAGAUCGUAGAAGGUGAGAACGAGUUCUAUGUCGUUAUGCCGAAGUGCAACGGGGGAGAGCUUUUCGAGUUUUUGGCCAACGAGACCGAGGUCCCCGAAGCCGAGUGCAAGCGGAUCAUCAGGGAAAUCCUGACCGCGGUAGGACACCUGCACAAGAACAACAUCAUCCACCGCGAUAUCAAGCCAGAAAACAUCAUGUUCGAUCUGGACUUGAUGAUCGAGUCAUCUCCCAAGACGGUUAAGCUCAUCGACUUCGACACGUGUCAAGAGUGGACGCCGCAGACACCAAAGAGCCGACGGUUUGUCGGCACGCCGGGGUACAUUGCUCCGGAAGCGUUGAUGGGACAGCAGUCGCCGCAAUCAGAUCUUUGGUCCGUGGGGGUGAUCCUCUACAUCUUGAUGACCGGUGAAAUGCCCUGGAGUUCUCUGGUCAGUCUGGAGGACGGCUUGGUAGGCAGCGCAAGCGCCACACAGAUGUACCGGGCUCUCAAGGCAGAAAUCCUUGAGUGGGAGCAGGAGCCAUGGCCAGACUUUCCAUUGGCGCGAGAUCUUUGCCAGAAGUUGUUGGCUUUCGAGCUGGAUGAUCGCAUGAAAGACUGUGAGGAGGCACUCAACCAUGGCUGGUUGAAGGAGUGA